AACCCUGCAAGAUUUUACUGAAUACACUCGGCAUUAUCGCAAAAUUGAUCAAAUUUUAAACUUUUAAAUUAUUUACGCUUAUUAACAUCACAAACAAUGUUGCCACUUUCCGCAAAUGAAAAUACUUCUGGAAAAAUUGCCCUCAUCACUGGAAUAACGGGACAGGAUGGUUCAUAUCUUGCCGAGUUUCUCCUUAAGAAAGGAUAUCAAGUUCAUGGAAUUAUCCGAAGAUCUAGUAGUUUCAAUACUCAUCGUAUUGAACAUUUGUAUCAAAAUAAAUUCACACAUCAGGAAGGAGCUACGUUCAAACUUCAUUACGGUGAUAUGACUGACAGCUCUUGCUUAGUAAAAAUCAUAGCUCAAGUUCGGCCGACAGAGAUUUACAAUUUAGCUGCACAAUCGCAUGUGAAAAUUUCUUUUGAUUUAUCAGAAUAUACAGCAGAAGUUGACGGUGUUGGAACUUUGCGCUUACUUGAUGCGAUAAGAACUUGUGGACUGGAAAAACAAGUUAAAUUUUAUCAAGCAUCUACCUCAGAGCUUUAUGGGAAAGUCGUUGAAACGCCACAAACUGAAAAAACUCCUUUCUAUCCAAGAUCUCCUUAUGCAUGUGCCAAGAUGUAUGGAUUUUGGAUUGUGAUAAAUUAUCGAGAAGCAUACGAUAUGUUUGCUUGCAAUGGUAUUCUUUUUAAUCACGAAUCACCAAGGAGAGGAGAAAAUUUCGUCACUAGAAAAAUUACAAGAACUGUCGCCAAAAUAUCUUUAAAACAACAGGAAGUUCUUGAACUUGGAAAUCUUGAUUCAAAGCGCGAUUGGGGGCAUGCCAGAGACUAUGUCGAAGCAAUGUGGAUGAUGUUGCAAUUGGAAAAGCCAGAAGAUUUCGUCAUUGCAACAGGAGAAACCCACAGUGUCCGAGAAUUUGUUGAAGAAUCUUUCAAAUUUAUUGGAAAGGAAAUUGAAUGGCGUGGCUCUGGUGUUGAUGAAGUUGGAGUUGAGAAAGGAACUGAAAUUAUUCGAGUUAAAGUCAAUCCUAAAUAUUUUCGUCCAACAGAAGUUGAUAUUCUGCUUGGUGAUGCAUCAAAAGCAAAAAGAGUCCUUGGGUGGUCACCGAAAGUUAAUUUCGAUGAGCUUGUUAAAGAUAUGAUGGCAGCUGACAUUGAACUGAUGAAGAAAAAUCCUAUGGCAUAAAAAUUUAAUCAAUUAAAAAACUUUUAAAGUUUCCAGUGACAUUUAAUAAUAGAAAAGUCAACAACCAAAGAUUUCAGCUCAUGAACGAGAAAUUUUCCGUCAAAGUAUUUUCUAUCACGUGUGGAUUGCUACAAGUUUCUAAAAUUUUACUUUAAAACGUCGAACAAAAAAAUGAAAAUAUCGAACAAAUUUUUGUAUAAUUUAAUUUGUGACAUUCCAAUUAAAGAAAUAAAAAAACUAUUUUAAUAACAUUUAAGA